UCCUGGUGCUGUUCGAGUGUCUGCUCCUUGUGUUGUUAAUUUUCAUUUGGUCUAAGUAUAGCAGUGAUAUAUACGAGCGCUUCUUGUUGAAUGAGACAAUUGUCGAUGAAUUGAAAGAGGACGUAUCGCAGUUAAAAUUACCUAAGUCAUACACGCCUCGUAUAUAAUGAGCGAAAAGCUGAAAAAAUUUUUCCAAAAAAAGAAAGCUGAUGUCAAGUUCAAAAGAGCUGGACCAGGUCAUCGUCUCAAUGAAGACACUACACCAAAGAAUGUUGCAAAAGCUGGUGAAUCAUCACGUACUAGUCGAAUUGAACCUACUGAUGAAGCCAAACAAGCAGCAGCUGCUGCAUUGGCUAGGUUUGAGAAUAAAAAGACAACCACUGGUCCAAUAAAUAUUUCUUUGGCUGCUAUUAAGUCAAGAGCUCGAAAAGAAAUGGAGGCAGAAAAAAAAAAUGAAGAAAAUAAAGAUACAUUCACGCAUUCAGAAGAAGCUAGUGUUAAUUCUGAAGUUCCUGGGCUUUUGGCUACUAAUGGGGUUUUUUUUCAAUGUCCAAUGAUAGGUUUGGAAGUUUUGCCUGAAGGAGAAUGGCAUAUAAAAAUAGAAGAAUUUAUUAAAGAGCAGAUGAAAGAUGACCCUAUAUUACAAUCAAUCCUAUUAAUUCAAAACUGUAACCAUAAUAGAUCAAAGGUGGAAGAAUGCAUUAAGUUACUGGUAACUUAUGCAGAAAAUAUAAUUAGGAAUAAAGACGAAGAAAAAUAUCGUAAAAUUAGAUUAAUAAAUAAAACAUUUAAGGAAAAAGUGUUGCCUAUAAAAGGAGCAAUUCAGUUCCUUGAAUCAAUUGGGUUUGUGAGAAAAACACUAUUGUACCAAGACCAAGAAGAAGAUUUCUUAGUUUUUCCUGAAGAUUGCUUAGAUAAUUUAGCCUUGGUUCAAAGCACUGUUGAUGAUCUACAAUCAGCAGAACGCAUACAGCUGGUCUUGGAUAGAAAUGUUCAAGUUCUUCUACCAUCACAAGCAUCAAAACAAGUGUCUUUACCUCCAGAAUUUUUUGCAUUAUCUACUACAGAAUUAAAAAUGGAACAUCAAAAAAGGGCUGCAAAACUGGAAAAUGAUAUGAUUCUCAAAACAAAAAAUAUGCGGAUGAAAGAACAAAAUAAGUCCCAAUCAAAUUAUAAAUACUGUUUAAUUCGAGUGAAGUAUCCAGACUGUUUAAUUUUACAAGGAACAUUUGGUGUCAAUGAGCAUUUUUCUGAUGUAUUAGAAUUUGUAAAAGAGAGUGUAUUUGAUGAAGAACGACCAUUCAAAUUGAAACUUUUUGGUGGACGUACAUUUAGUCAUGAUGACGAGAAUAUGACAUUAAGUGAAUUGAGCUUAGUCCCUACUUCUGUUUUACUAUUUACUAAUGAUCCACCUGACAAUGAUCAAGAACAUCCAUAUUUGAAAGAUGAGCUUAUGUCAUUGGUGCAGGACACCUUAUAAUACAUCUUGGUUUUCAACCUAUUGUGAUACAUUUUGAAUAACUAUUUUUUUUUUUUUUUGUUGUAUUGUAUACAUUAUUUGGAUAAAA